AACUUCUGCUCAGGAACGGACCCAGCAAGGAACUACCGAGUAGGGAAAGGCAUGAAGCACUGCUCGACUCAGUUUUGAACCGCUGCUCGACUCCCUUAGUGCAUUAACCAGCUUGUCCAAGAUGCUUCCUUGCAUUUUUCUGACCUUCAAUCUUAGCCGUCCAGCAGAUCGUGUAGCCAGCAGCCACAGAAAGUGACCCCUGGUUUUGGUUGCUUCCAGAAAAUUACCCUCUGUCCACACUGAAACGUUCGAGGACCUUGACCUUGACUUUGGGUAGUUCAAUAACAUAUUCAUCUGCUGCUCAAGGCCAAACCACUGCCCAGAAAAAAAAUUUAAUUAAUUAUGAAAUAACUUCUUCUGCUCAAGUCGGAUCGGAAGGCCAACUUGUGCAUAAUUUGUAGUUGGUCUGAUCUGAACCAGUAUCAAUUAAUGGAUGCCAGGAAAGCCCAUAAUGCCUCCUCUUCAUCCUCACCAUCCUCCUCAUCAAAACGUUGGGAUUACCAAGUGUUCUUGAGCUUCAGAGGUGAAGACACACGCAAGGGCUUCACAGGCCACCUCAACGCCGCAUUAUCUAAUGCCGGAAUCAGCGCCUUUCUUGACGACAACGAGCUAAAAAGAGCGGAAUUUAUAAAAACCCAACUGGAGCAGGCAAUCGACGGGUCCAUGAUCUCCAUAAUUGUCUUCUCCAAGAGGUAUGCCGAUUCCCGUUGGUGUCUUGACGAGCUGGUGAAGAUCAUGGAGUGUAAACAAAGAUUGGGGCAACAGGUUAUUCCAUUGUUCUAUAAUGUUGAUGCUUCAGAUGUCCAGGAACAAACUGGUAGUUUUGCACAAGCAUUUGAGAAACAUGAAGGUAAACACGAGAAAGAAAAGGUACAGCGAUGGAGAAAAGCUCUCACUCAAGCAGCAGAUUUGUGGGGGGAAGAUCUUAAAAAUGCUGAUGGGCAUGAAGCAAAGUUUAUCAAGAAAAUUCUUGGGGUGGUUAAUAACUUGGUGAACAGAAACUACCAAGUGUUUUUGAGCUUUAGAGGUGAAGACACACGCAAGGGCUUCACAGGCCACCUCCACGCCGCAUUAUCUGAUGCUGGAAUCCGCGCCUUUCUUGAAGACAACGAGCUAAAAAGAGCGGAAUUUAUAAAAACCCAACUGGAGCAGGCAAUCGACGGGUCCAUGAUCUCCAUAAUUGUCUUCUCCAAGAGGUAUGCCGAUUCCCGUUGGUGUCUUGACGAGCUGGUGAAGAUCAUGGAGUGUAAACAAAGAUUGGGGCAACAGGUUAUUCCAUUGUUCUAUAAUGUUGAUGCUUCAGAUGUCCGGAAACAAACUGGUAGUUUUACACAAGCAUUUGAGAAACAUGAAGUGGGCAUCUGUGAAGGUAAACAUGAGAAAGGAAAGGUACAGCGGUGGAGAAAUGCUCUCACUCAAGCUGCAGAUUUGUGUGGGGAAGAUCUUAAAAAUGCUGACAAUGGGCAUGAAGCAAAGUUUAUCAACAAAAUUCUUAGGGAGGUUAAUAAGCAGUUGCACAGCAAACACCAAUUAGACAACGAACACCUUGUCGGAAUUACUUCUCGGGUGAAGGUUUUGAGUAAUCACUUGGAUAUUGAAAAUUCAGGUUCUAAGGAUGUUGUUCGCAUGAUUGGUAUUUUGGGGAUGGGUGGCAUUGGAAAAACAACGCUUGCCAAAACCCUUUAUAACAAUUUUGAACGUAUCUUUGAAGGUCGUAGGAGUUUCCUUGCAAACGUGAGGGAAGUAAUUGCACACCAACCCAUUACUGGUCAGGUUGGUUUGCAAGAACAACUUCUAAAUGAUAUCUUGAAAAGCAAGGACCCCAUAAAGGUUGAUUCUGUUGCUAAAGGGAUCGAUAUGAUAAGAGAAAGACUUUGCUGUAAAAGAGCACUUGUCAUAAUUGACGAUGCAGAUGAUCUACAGCAAUUAAAAGCAAUAGCUGGAGCUCGUGAUUGGUUUGGUCCUGGAAGUAGAAUUGUUAUAACAACAAGAAAUAAACAUUUGCUAGACCAAGUUGGAGUGGAUAGCACAUGUAUGGCUCAAGAAAUGGAUGAAAAAGAAGCUCUAGAGCUCUUUAGUUGGCAUGCCUUUGGAAGUGGUUAUCAUGAUCGAGAAUAUCUUGACCUCUCAAAAUGUGUAAUUCGUUACUGUCAAGGCUUGCCACUAGCACUUCGAGUUGUAGGGUCUUUUCUGAUUAAAAGAUCCAUUGCGGACUGGGAAAGCCAUUUGGAGAAAUUGGAAAGAAGUUCUGAUGGAGAUAUUCAAAAAAUACUCAGAAUAAGCUUUGACGGCCUACCUGAUCAGGAAAAGAGAGAGAUAUUCCUUGAUAUAUCUUGUUUCUUUAUAGGAAUGGACAAGUACUAUGUAACACAAAUAUUAAAGGGAUGUGGCUUUGCUCAACCGAUAGGAAUCAGUGUCCUCAUUGAACGGUGCCUUGUAACUGUUAGUGAGAAAAACAAGCUGAUGAUGCAUGAUUUGCUUCGAGACAUGGGAAGAGAGAUCGUUCGUGAAAAAUCCCCCGGUCGUCCUGAAAAAUUUAGUAGAUUGUGGACACGUGAAGACGUAACAAAUGUAUUGAGCGAUGAAUCUGGAACUAGAAAAAUUGAAGGAGUUGCUCUACAUGGCUCUUACGGGACUAGAUUCAGUGCACAAGCAUUUACCAACAUGAAAAAACUGAGGUUACUCCACCUCAGCAACUUAGAGCUCACUGGAGAGUACAAAGAUUUUCCCAAAAAGUUAAUAUGGUUGUGCUGGCAUUAUUUUCCUUUAGAGUCCAUACCAGAUGACUUUCCUAUGCAACCAAAACUAGUUGCUUUAGACCUGCGGCAUAGCAAACUCAAAAUAGUUUGGAAGGAUUGCAAGUUGCAUCAGAAUUUGAAAAUCCUUAAUCUCAGUUAUUCCUAUGAGCUAACAAAAUCACCAGACUUUUCAAAAAUCCCAAAUCUCGAGGAAUUGAUAUUGCAAUCCUGUUCGAGUUUAUCUGAGGUUCACUCAUCCAUCGGGGAUCUUGGAAGACUUUCUUUGGUAAAUCUUGAAGGCUGCUACAUGCUAAGGGAUCUCCCACUGAAUUUCUAUAAUUCCAAGUCUAUUGAAACUCUUCUACUUGAUGGCUGUUCGCGUUUUGAAAAGUUGGCUGAUGGCUUUGGGGACAUGGUAUCAUUGACAACUCUGAAAGCAGAUGAGACAGCAAUAAGACAAAUACCAUCUUCCAUAUUAAAAUUGAAGAAACUGAAAGCUUUACAUUUAUGUAAUGUGAUAGGGUCGCCAUCAACAAAUCUUUUGCCUCCUUCACUGCAAAGUUUAAGCUCUUUAAGAGAAUUAGCUCUUGCAAACUGUCGUUUAACUGAUGAUGCAUUACCUAAGGAUCUCGAUAGCCUAAUUUCCUUAGAAAGAUUAGAUCUUGCACACAAUGACUUUUGCAGCCUACCAAGCCUCAGUCGUCUUUCACAGCUUCAUGAUCUGUCUUUAUAUAAGUGCAGAGAUCUUUGUGCAAUUCCAGAUUUACCAACAAAUUUGAAAGUCUUACGAGCAGAUGGCUGCUUUGCAUUGGAAAAAAUGCCAAAUUUUUCAGAAAUGUCAAAUAUAAAAGAAUUGUAUCUAAGAGAUUCGAGCAAACUCACUGAGAUUCCAGGCCUGGAUAAGUCAUUAAACUCCAUGACAAGGAUUCAUAUGGAAAGGCGCAAUAAUCUCACUGCGGAUUUUAGGAAGACCAUCCUACAGGGAUGGACUUCUUGCGGAUAUGGUGGCAUUUUUCUCAGUGGAAAUGAUAUUCCUGAUUGGUUCGACUGUGUCAAUGACGAUGAUAUUGUGUAUUUCACUGUGCCUCAAAGUGUUGGUCGUAAUUUGAAAGGGUUAACUUUGUCCUUCGUUUACUCUUCAGACGAAUACAACAGAAUUUGCAUUAGCAUUAAAAACAUGACCGAGGGUACUGAGCUUGACGCCAGGAUCACACCCAGAGGUAUUUCUUCCAGAUAUCCAAUUAGAGGUCCAACUAGAGGUUAUUAUAAUCUUUGGCAGGGACAGUUAUCAAAUGACGAGCUCAAAUUGCAAGACGGUGAUAAAGUCUUGAUUGAAAUAAUAGUGGAGGAAGAUUCGGUGGCGACACAUUAUAGAGCGAAGGCAGAGGUGAAGAAAACAGGUGUUAGUCUGGUAUGGGACAAAUUUAUGAAUGAAAAUAUGAUUGAUUACCAUCUUUGUGCAUAUGAACGACGCCCAUCUCAAAAUCUGGUCAAUGAUGAUGACAUCAUUCAUGUCGAAGAUGAUAUUCACAUAACAAAAUCACCAGACUUUUCAAAAUUCCCAAAUCUCGAAAAGUUGAUAUUGAAAGGUUGUACGUCGUUGUAUAAGGUUCACUCAUACAUCGGGGAUCUCGAAAGACUUUCUUUUGUAAAUCUUGAAGGCUGCUACGGGCUAAAGGAUCUCCCACUGAAUUUCUAUAAAUCCAAGUCUAUUGAAACUCUUAUACUGAAUGGUUGUUCAAGAUUUCAAAACUUGGCCGAUGGCUUAGGGGACAUGGUAUCAUUGACAAUUUUGAAAGCAGAUAACACAGCCAUCAGACAAAUUCCAAGUCUCGCUGGUCUUUCAAAGCUCAAGGUCUUGUGUUUAAAUGCAUGCAGAGAACUUCUUGCAAUCCCAGAUUUACCAACCAAUUUGUAUGUUCUGAAAGCAAUUGACUGCCCAAAAUUGGAAACAAUUCCAGAUUUUUCAAAAAUGUGGAAUAUGAGAGAAUUGUAUCUAAGUGAUUCGUUCAAACUCACUGAGGUUCCAGGCUUGGAUAAGUCAUUAAACUCCAUGACAGGGAUUCAUAUGGAAGACUGCACCAAUCUGACUGCCGAUUUUAGGAACAACAUCCUACAGAGAUGGACUUCUUGCGGAUUUGGUGGAAUUUAUUUGAAUGGAAUUUAUGAUAUUCCUGAGUGGUUCAAAAUCGUCAAUCAUGUGGACAAUAUCGUCUUCUUUGAAGUUCCUCAAAGAAUCAUGGGUCGUGAUUUAAAGGGGUUGACUAUAUGCUUCGUUUACUCUUCAAACAGGCACUAUUGGCAUCAUCCGGGAUUUGAAGAUUCGCAAAAAGGUCCUAUUGGCAUUAUCGUUAGAAAUCUUACCAAACAAACUGCUUUGCACACCCGGAUAGCAUUUGCCUCGGUAAAAACUUGGAGUGCACCUGAAGACCAUUAUCUUUGGCAGGGACAAUUGUCAAACGAUGUGCUCGGUUUGGAAGGCGGUGACCACGUAUCGAUUCUUGUAAGGCCUGAUAAUGUUGAUUUUGUGAGAGUGAAGAAGACAGGGGUUCAUCUAGAAUGGGACAAACUCAUGAAGGAAAAUAUGGAUCAUCCAUAUCCUGAUUUCUAUUAUGGGUAAACAAAUCGGUAUUCUUGAGGGGGAGUUGAUGAACUCCAUUUCAAGAAAUUGUUGUCACUGAGACAAAUGGUAACUGUACUGAGCAAGCCAUCAAUGUUGAUAGAGGAAGAAGAAGCCAUGAUGAAGCAGAGAGAAAUUGCAAUCUUGAUUUCUGUAUUUCUUAAUCUUUUAAGCUACAGCCCUAUUACACUUUAUACAGCUAUCUAACU